GUGCAGGGGAGGAGUGUGCAACUUGAGCCUCACUAUAAAGGUGAGUGUUCCAUACAGCUGCUGUAUAACAUAGAGGAGGACAUGUGACUGAGAAAGACCCUCAGUCUUACAGCACGCUGAUCUUCUGCCCUGUACAAAGAAAAAGGAAACCUCACUUGGCAUUGAAACCCCCUGUUUAUACAGAGUUGAGGGUAUAAUAUUAUUAGUUCUAUCAUCCAAACCCUGCAAAAGGUGAAAAUAUUUAGGACAUAAUACAUGGCCUCUAUGGAUUUCCCCACAAUUUCACUUGACAUCACAGCCUGGAAUUGCCUUUAGAUGAUAUUCUGGGAAUCGCACCACCGGACCUGACUAAGCACACUGGCUGUCUCUAUUUAGGGUCUGCUUUGGACAAUUCUCUGCCCAUUUCCCAUCAGUAUUUUAUAUGCUUCACACCCAGGAUUUGCUGGACACCUACUUUGCAUCACUGAUUUGGAUUUGGUUUGGUCACACUGGGCAGUAUUGCCACAGCCUGGCACUGUGAGGUUGAUCAUUACCACUACAGGUGUCUAACUGGAAAAGGCAUUACACUUGCCAUUGGCCCUGGUCACACAGAAGCUAAUGUUAAGCUCCUGUUCCUGAAUACACCAAGCAUAUUUUUAUUUUCAACUGGUGCCCAUCACCCCAGAUUAAUCCAAUGCAAAGGCUACUGCAACUGCCAGUGACGGCAGUGAAUUUGGUAAAGAACCACAGAGCAGAGGAGGCCAAGAGUCCUGUUCUGAGUCCAGAUGGCGGGACCCAGACGUUCUACAAUGCACUACAAGUGGAUGAGCUGCGGCUGCUCAAGUCUCCCGACCAGGAAUCUACCCUGGAGAACAGUGGAAACAGCACCCAGUGUCAACCAGUGCGACACGAUGACCUGAAAGAAAUGCUGGACAGUAAUAAAGAUUCGUUGAAGCUAGAAGCCAUGAAGAGGAUUGUAGCUAUGAUUGCAAGAGGGAAAAAUACCUCUGAUCUUUUCCCAGCUGUUGUGAAGAAUGUGGCAUGCAAGAACAUCGAGGUGAAAAAGUUAGUAUAUGUCUAUUUGGUUCGAUAUGCUGAGGAGCAACAGGACCUAGCUCUGCUCUCAAUCUCCACCUUUCAGCGUGGGUUAAAGGACCCCAACCAACUGAUCCGUGCCAGUGCCCUACGUGUUCUCUCUAGCAUCCGUGUGCCAAUCAUAGUGCCAAUUAUGAUGCUAGCAAUAAAGGAGGCAGCUUCGGAUAUGUCUCCCUACGUGAGAAAGACGGCAGCGCAUGCUAUACCCAAGUUGUAUAGUCUGGAUUCUGACCAGAAAGAUCAGCUAAUUGAGGUGAUAGAGAAACUUCUUUCUGAUAAAACUACACUGGUUGCAGGCAGUGUGGUGAUGGCAUUUGAAGAGGUCUGCCCCGAGCGCAUAGAUUUGAUCCAUAAGAAUUACCGCAAGCUGUGUAACCUGCUGAUAGAUGUGGAGGAGUGGGGGCAGGUGGUGAUUAUCAAUAUGCUGACACGUUAUGCACGUACACAGUUCUUAAAUCCCAACCAAAAUGAGUCUCUACUAGAGGAGAACCCGGAGAAAGCUUUUUAUGGUUCAGAUGAUGAUGAAGGAGGGAAAGAGAAGUCAGAACCAUCUUCCAUGGUUAAACACAAGCCUUAUGUUAUGGAUCCAGACCAUCGGCUUCUGCUCCGUAAUACCAAACCUCUCCUACAGAGUCGCAACGCAGCUGUGGUUAUGGCUGUGGCACAACUUUAUUUCCACCUGGCACCAAAAGCGGAAGUUGGGGUAAUCGCAAAGGCACUGGUUCGGUUACUGCGAAGUCACAGUGAAGUACAAUACGUGGUACUCCAUAACGUGGCCACCAUGUCCAUCAAGAGAAGGGGGAUGUUUGAACCGUAUCUUAAAAGUUUCUAUAUUCGAUCCACUGAUCCAACUCAGAUUAAGAUUCUUAAGCUAGAAGUCUUGACUAACCUGGCUAAUGAAACCAACAUUUCUACUAUACUCCGAGAAUUUCAGACAUACAUUCGCAGCAUGGAUAAAGAUUUUGUUGCUGCCACCAUUCAGGCAAUUGGUCGAUGUGCCACCAACAUUGGUAAAGUCCGCGACACCUGUCUAAAUGGUCUUGUACAGUUGCUGUCAAAUAGGGACGAGUUGGUGGUGGCAGAAUCAGUAGUGGUUAUCAAGAAGUUGCUGCAGAUGCAACCAGCCCAACACAGUGAGAUAAUCAAGCAUAUGGCCAAGUUAACUGAUAAUAUUCAGGUCCCUAUGGCACGGGCAAGCAUUCUGUGGCUCAUUGGAGAAUACUGUGAACAUGUGCCGAAAAUAGCCCCUGAUGUUCUACGGAAGAUGGCCAAAUCUUUCACUAAUGAGGAGGACAUUGUUAAACUUCAGACCAUCAACUUGGCUGCAAAGCUAUAUCUCACCAACCCCAAGCAGACAAAGCUCCUUACUCAAUAUGUUUUGAAUCUGGCCAAGUAUGACCAAAACUAUGACAUCAGAGACCGCACAAGAUUUAUCCGCCAGCUGAUCAUCCCCACAGAGAAAAGUGGAGCUCUGAGCAAGCACGCUAAGAAACUCUUUCUCGCACAAAAACCUGCCCCAAUCCUGGAGUCCUCAUUCAAAGAUCGUGAUCAUUUUCAGUUGGGAUCUCUGUCUCAUCUACUCAAUGCAAAAGCUGUUGGUUACCAAGAACUGCCAGAUUGGCCAGAAGAAGCCCCUGACCCAUCUGUGCGCAACGUGGAGGUGAAGGAUGCUGAGGAGGAGGAGGACAGUGCACCCAGGGAUGGUCACAUCGGACUCCUGGGGGAGUGGAAAGAGGUACCUGAAUGGACCAAGUGUCCAAGUAGAGAAAAGAGAAAGGAGAGGGAGGAAAAACCAUUUUACUCUGAUUCAGAAGGGGAGUCAGGGCCAACAGAGUCUGCAGACAGUGAACCAGAAUCAGAAAGUGAAUCGGAGAGUGGUGGAAACAGCAGUGGUAGUGGAUCUGGAUCAGGUAGUGAGGAAGAAGAGGAAAGUGAAGAGGAAGAGGAAUCUGAAAAAGAAGAAAAGAAAAAGGAGAAGAAAAGGACUCCACAAAAAGAGGACAGUGAUGAAAGUGACCAGGAACAGAAACAGCCCAUUAGGAGUAAGAGAAGCUCUGCCAAAACAUCCCAGAAAUCUGCAUCAGAGGAUGGCAGCAGCUCAGAGAGUAAUGAAUCUGAAACAGAAUCUUCUUCUGAGGAAGAGGAUGAAGAUGAAGAUGAGGAAGACGAACAGAGACAAUCAGAUCCAAAAAAGAAGAAGACACCUCCUGCAACAAAACCCACUGCAAAAGCAUCUAAAGAACCCAAGGAAAUGUCACUGCUGGAUCUAGAUGAUUUUUCUGUCCCCUCUGCACCUUUGGUGACGUCGAGAAGCAUUGUAUCUGCUAGCUUGGUGAGCGACCUGGAGGGCUUAUCCCUGACAGACUCCGCUUUGACUCCUACGGUGAUAAGCCCAGCCUUUGCAUCAGACCGGACCUUUGAACUUCUGCACCGCAUGACUGGGGAGGGUCUUUCCAUGGAAUACAUUUUUAGCCGCCAACCUUUUACCCCUGAUAAUCGCAUGGUGUCUGUGCAGAUCCAAAUCUCCAAUAAAACAGAAAAUGAAGUAAAGAAUAUCCGAAUCAGUGAACCCAAACUUCUUUCUGGAAUGAGAAUUAAAGAGUUUCAAGAGACAGAAUGUCUGCCUCCUGGAGAAAGUGCAACAGUUAUAAUGGGCAUUGAUUUCUGUGAUUCCACUCAGGCUGCCAAUUUCCAGAUAUGCACACACACCCGACACUUCUAUGUGUCUAUUCAGCCACCUGUUGGAGAGUUGAUGGCGCCUGUCUUCAUGAGUGAAAAUGAGUUCAAGAGAGAACAAAGCAAACUCACUGGUAUGAAUGAGAUCACAGAGAGGCUGUCGUUGUCAGAGAAGUGUAAUAGUGAUCAUGCCAUCGUACAGAGAGUAACAUCUACUGCAAACAUGAAUCGUGUGCCAUGUGGUGCAGACAAAGAAUACAGUGACCCAGCCCUUACAUUUGAAAGACCCACAUGCCUAAGGUUUGCGGCAAAGACAGUGUCCAGUGGAACCCUGGUUUUAGUGACUUUAACACUUAAAGAUGGCUCUGCUGCUCUACUAACCAUAAAUAGCGAGAAGAUGGUGAUAGGAACUAUGUUGGCAAAGGACAUUGUACAAACCCUGACACAAUGAUGUAAGAAACCUUCAACUGAGUAAUAGUGACCAAAUGUAGUCACAUCGCUCACUCUCAUUCUGACAGUCAUGAGCAAGGAAAUCUUUUUUUGUCCUUUUGUCUUUAUCUCACAACCAACUUUACUAAUCCCCAAAAUUAGUCUGAAUGAGAGCAGCCAUCCAUGACACGAUCCCUGAUAUGGAAGACAAAAUGUCAUGUUUAAGGAGCAACCACGCCCUUUAAAACAAUGUCUUGCUGGGUGGGAUUGAGUAGCCACUAAGCUGCAGAGUAAUCUAAUGUUUACAUAUUACAAGACAAACUUUUUGUCAGAGCUGUUUGACUUAUACUACGAUAAAAUGCUUCUAAUAUAUAGUUUCUAUAUUGAGGAUCCUUUACUUCAGGAAACUAGUUUCUGUAAGAAGGAUUUGCCCGAUAGGACACUGGCAAUUCUUAAUCCUUAGCAUAAAUUAAAUGUGUAACCCAAUACUACAGAACUCUUCCAUUAGGGUCAAGACACAUGGAGUUACUAGUAGCAGCUACUUGUCAUGGCUACUAAAAUAGAUAAUGCUGAUAAUUUACUGAUAAUAAUCUCUACAUGUGUUUUAUCAGAGGCAAUUCUUAGUAUUGUCUAUGGCAGGGUAUUUUCUGGUGUUUAGUAGCCGUAACAAGUAGCGGCUACUAAGUAGCUCUGUGUGUAUUUGUGGUUGACUGUGUACAGAUUUAUCAGUGAUUCCUCUGUUACCGCCACCUAAAUCCUUAGCCUCUUCUCUAUAUCAGAAUUUGUGAAAAGCCUUUGUUUUUUAGACACAAAUAGCAUAUUCUUUUUUUAAAAAAAAUCACCCAAGGCCCUAUAUUCAUUAAGACCUGUGUUUUUUGGAAAUGUAACUUUCUUCAUGUUGUUACUGUUAAACGUAUUUGCAUAUGAUCAAACUUAAAGGAUGACUUCUUAAAGCUUUUAAGCCUUACAAUGUCUGAAAUGGUUGGCAUACUCUCCUCUGCCCAGUGUCUUGUGCUGUAAUCAUUGUAGCUUUAUUUAUUAAAACUAGCUGAAUCAUUUAAUAAAGCUGAAUGUGAACAUA